GAGGCGGGGCUUGGAGGCGGGUUUAAGAGCGCGCCGCAGGUUGGGCCACGCGUGUCCGAGAAGGUUCAAUGGCGUGGCAGGGGCUGGCGGCCGAGUUCCUGCAGGUGCCCGCGGUGACGCGGGCCUACACGGCGGCCUGCGUCCUAACCACGGCUGCUGUGCAGCUGGAGCUCCUCAGCCCCUUCCAGCUCUAUUUCAACCCGCACCUCGUCUUCCGGAAGUUCCAGGUCUGGAGGCUCGUCACCAACUUCCUCUUCUUCGGGCCCCUGGGAUUCAGCUUCUUCUUCAACAUGCUUUUCGUGUUCCGCUACUGCCGCAUGCUGGAGGAGGGCUCCUUCCGCGGCCGCACGGCCGACUUCGUCUUCAUGUUUCUCUUCGGGGGCGUCCUCAUGACCCUGCUGGGGCUCCUGGGCAGCCUGUUCUUCCUGGGCCAGGCCCUCACAGUCAUGCUGGUGUAUGUGUGGAGCCGCCGCAACCCCCGAGUGAGGGUCAACUUCUUUGGCCUCCUCACCUUCCAUGCACCAUUCCUGCCCUGGGCGCUCAUGGGUUUCUCACUGCUGCUGGGCAACUCGAUUCUCGUGGACCUGCUGGGGAUUGCGGUGGGCCACAUUUACUACUUCCUAGAGGAUGUCUUCCCCAACCAGCCUGGAGGCAAGAGGCUGCUGCUGACCCCCCGCUUCCUGGGAACCCACCCAGGGGCUACAUUGGGACUUAUCACCCAGGGCCCGUCUCCCAGAAACCAGGUCACUGGGUCCCUCCUCUGCCUGCAAGACAUUGCCUUUGGGUAGAGCCAACUUCAAGGGGCCUGGAGGGGUGGGGGGUACCUUGUGUUCCUGUCCUGGUCGCGGAUCUUCUUUUCCAUCUCAGCAUCUGUCAGAGUCUCCAGCAGUGGACACCACUGGUCAGCAUCACCUGUGUUCCGAAUGGCAAUCUCCACCGUGGGGAGGGGGUUCUCACUGUGGGCCGGGGAUGGGGGGUGGUAACUGCUGGUUCACAGAGUAGCAGCUAGAAAGGCCCCCCAGACACCAGUGCCCACCCCGUUAGAACACUGGAGCCAGCGCAUGGCAGGAAGGCCCAGGCCUUUCCUGCUACUUCCUCUGCCUCCUCCCCACUGGCCAUUUCUAUGCCCGGCUCCUCAGAACAGCACUCCUGACAGGAGUGGCCCAGUCAUCCACCUGUCACCUGAACCUCAAGGCACAGUCCCCGGAAAUGCCAGGUCCGGGCAGCCCAGGUGGCUCAGUGGUUUAGCGCCACCUUCAGCCCAGGGUAUAAUCCUGGACACCGGGGAUCGAGUCCCACGUCGGGCUCCCUGUAAGGAGCCUGCUUCUCCCUCUGCCUGUGUC